AUGGAGGCAAUGAAGAUGAAUGUUUUUGUGGCUUUGUUGGUGGUUGUGAUGCUGGCCUUGUCUGGCGUUCAAAAAGUAGCUGCAGCUGAUUCUCCAGCACCAAGCCCAACUUCUGAUGCCUAUGCCUUUUUCCCCACUUUCUUCGCAUCUCUAGCAGCUUUGGCUUUUGGGUUCUUCUUCUGA